UUGCCCUGAGGGGAGCUUUUGGAAGAGGAGGUGGAGAACAGGUUUGGGGCGUAUCUAGGGCCUCGGUCAAGAUAGGGUUUCUUCACCUCAUGGUCAUGUAUAAUUCAGCGCAGGAGGCCAUGGAUCACCUGGAGAGAGUCACUCGCUCACACACAGAAAAAAGGAAGUGUCUGAAGUGACAGACGACCCAAAGAGGAAGAGCACGGGAGAAGAAGAAAGAGGCUGGCAGAGCAUGCAGGAGGUGGUGAAGAGAAGGCCGAUAAUCUCUGCUAGGGAAAGAGGCCCAGGACCUGGACGGUACGCUCUGCCCCCUACAGUUGGAUACAUCAACCAUGACUACACCAAGCCCAGCAGCCCUGCCUACUCCUUCCACAGCCGCAUGAGCAGUGCCAUGGUCUCUGUGGACUCCAGCCCAGGACCACGGUACCACAUUGACGCCAAAGUCACCCGGUUUGGCCGCAUGGAAACCCCCUCCUACUCCAUUUUGGGCAGAGGGAGGCGCAUAGGGAAUAAAGGGGAGAAGUUCCAGACUCCUGGUCCGGGAGCCUACAGCCCAGAAAAGGCCCCACCCCUCAACGCUCACCACAGACCGCCGUCCUUCACCAUCAGCACCCGCACCAGAUACCGUUCUGUGGAUGCUGUACCUGCACCCAACAGCUACAAUCUUCCUAAUCUGCUGGGCUGCCAGGUCCCUAAUAAACCCUCCAGUUCCAGAUUCAGCUUCUCAGGCCGGAGGAAGGUCGGAGCUCCUUCCGAAGACCUCUCCAUGAGCCCGGGACCGGCAAAAUACAACAGCACCAACCCGGACAUUUACCGCCAGCGCCAACCCUCCUUCACCAUGCAGAGCCGGACUAAGAAGCCUAAUUAUUCCUCUGCUAAUCCCGGCCCUGGCAUGUACAGCCCAGAGAAGUUUAACAUGCACCUCCCCAAACCACCGUCCUACUCUCUGGGUGUCAGACACUCCGAGUUUGUCACUCCACUCGUGGUGGAUGUGGUUGACUGA